CUCAAAGAUGACUGGCGCCGGAACUUUAAUAUCCAAAAUGGCCGGUGACAAUGUUGUUACGGUUGAUGUGACUGAACUUCCAUUGCCUAAAUUAACUCAAAUUAAACAAGAAUUGGACAGUCAAGUUGAAGUAUUUAGUGCAUCUCUUCAACAACUUAAAAUUGCUCAGAAAAAAUAUGGAGAUUCAAAAGAGUGUGUGGAAAAAAUGCAAGAAAUGAAAGAAGGAAAGCCUUUAUUAGUUCCAUUAACAGAUUCUAUGUAUGUCCCUGGUAAAUUAGAUGACACUGCUAAAGUUCUUAUUGAUAUUGGAACUGGAUAUUAUGUAGAAAAGGAACUUCCAGAUGCUAUAGAUUAUUUCAAAAGGAAAGUUAAAUUUGUCACAACACAAAUUGAAAAAGUGCAGCAAAUCAUGAAAGAAAAGCUCAUUGCUAGAGAAGUGGUUAUAGAAACUAUGGAGAAUAAAAUACAAGCUGCACUUGCAGCGCAGCAGGCUACUGCAGCAACGGCAAAGUCUUGAGAAAGGAGUUAUCAUGAUUUAACUGAGGGAGAAAAGUCAUGAUAUUUCAGUGUUUCUUCGUUUUGCUAAGUGUCUGUUUCAGAUGUUUGCUAUGUACUCACAUUUGUAAAAAAAAAGACUGUCUUGUAUAUCUCUAUAACAUGCAAUAAAUUUAUUAUAAGUGCUAA